UGCGGACACCCACUGGGUGUGCUCGGCCACCGGCCACUGCUCCCCCAUCUCUCUCCUCCAGAGUUUCUUCAUUUCCAGGGAUCACAGCUGAAGGCAGGCCGUGUGGACUCCCGGCACAUGGACUUGGGACGGAGGGCAGGCUCUCUCUGGCAACUCGCUGCUUCUCUUUGGGCUCCCGUCCCCUCACCUGUAACAUGGGAGAUGCUCAGGGUAUCUCAGAGACGGCCCCCACGUCUGCAUACUCAUCUCCGGCCCGGAGUCUUGGGGACACAGGGAUCACGCCUCUGUCCCCUUCCCAUAUUGUGAACGAUGCUGACUCGAAUGUCUCAGAGCAGCCAACGUUUCUUGUGGUGGUGGCCAUUGACUUCGGGACCACGUCAAGCGGCUACGCCUACAGCUUCACCAAGGAGCCAGAGUGCAUUCACGUGAUGAGGCGAUGGGAAGGCGGUGACCCUGGGGUGUCCAACCAGAAGACCCCGACCACCAUCUUGCUGACCCCCGAGAGGAAGUUCCACAGCUUCGGGUACGCCGCCAGGGACUUCUACCACGACCUGGAUCCCAACGAGGCCAAGCAGUGGCUGUACCUGGAGAGGUUCAAGAUGAAGCUGCAUACCACUGGGGACCUCACCUUGGAUACAGACCUGACAGCAGCAAAUGGCAAGAAAAUCAAAGCCCUGGAAAUCUUCGCUUACGCCCUGCAGUACUUUAAGGAGCAGGCGCUGAAGGAGCUGAGCGACCAGGCGGGUUCGGAGUUCGAGAACUCCGAUGUCAGAUGGGUCAUCACGGUGCCUGCCAUCUGGAAGCAGCCCGCCAAGCAGUUCAUGAGACAAGCUGCCUACCAGGCAGGCCUGGCCUCCCCCGAGAACUCAGAGCAGCUCAUCAUCGCCUUGGAGCCCGAGGCAGCCUCCAUCUACUGCCGGAAGCUGCGUCUGCACCAGAUGAUUGAGCUGAGCAGCAAGGCCGCGGUCAAUGGGUACAGCUCCAGAGACACAGUAGGAGCUGGGUUUGCACAGGCUAAGGAACACGUACGGCGUAACCGGCAGAGUCGGACCUUUUUGGUGGAGAAUGUCAUAGGAGAGAUCUGGUCCGAGCUGGAGGAAGGUGACAAAUAUGUGGUUGUGGACAGUGGCGGUGGCACCGUAGACUUGACGGUGCAUCAGAUACGGUUACCAGAGGGGCACCUGAAAGAAUUGUAUAAAGCAACAGGUGGACCCUAUGGAUCCUUAGGAGUGGACUAUGAAUUCGAAAAGCUCCUGUGUAAAAUAUUUGGAGAGGAUUUUAUCGAGCAGUUCAAAAUCAAGCGUCCUGCGGCCUGGGUCGACUUGAUGAUUGCGUUUGAGUCUCGCAAAAGGGCGGCCGCCCCAGACCGAACCAACCCGCUGAACAUCACCCUGCCCUUCUCCUUCAUCGAUUACUACAAGAAGUUCCGCGGGCACAGCGUGGAGCACGCCUUGAGGAAGAGCAAUGUGGAUUUUGUGAAGUGGUCCUCGCAGGGCAUGCUGAGGAUGAGUCCAGAUGCCAUGAACGCCCUUUUCAAGCCAACCAUCGACAGCAUCAUCGAGCACCUCCGGGAUCUGUUUCAGAAGCCUGAGGUGUCCACAGUCAAGUUCCUCUUCCUGGUGGGUGGCUUCGCUGAGGCCCCCCUCCUGCAGCAGGCGGUCCAGGCCGCCUUUGGGGACAAGUGCCGCAUCAUCAUCCCCCAGGACGUGGGCCUCACCAUCCUCAAGGGCGCCGUCCUUUUCGGCCUGGACCCCGCCGUCAUCAAGGUGCGCAGGUCCCCACUCACCUACGGGGUGGGAGUGCUGAACCGCUACGUGGAGGGCAAGCACCCACCCGAGAAGCUGCUGGUGAAGGACGGCACCCGCUGGUGCACCGACGUCUUCGACAAGUUCAUCUCUGCCGACCAGUCCGUGGCCCUGGGCGAGCUAGUCAAGCGCAGCUACACCCCCGCCAAGCCCUCGCAGCUUGUCAUCGUCAUCAACAUCUACAGCUCGGAGCGAGACAACGUGAGCUUCAUCACCGACCCCGGGGUGAAGAAGUGCGGCACACUCCGCCUGGAUCUCACGGGCACCAGUGGCACCGCCGUGCCUGCCCGGAGGGAGAUCCAGACUCUCAUGCAGUUUGGGGACACCGAGAUCAAGGCCACAGCCGUCGAUAUAGCCACCUCAAAGAGUGUCAAGGUUGGGAUAGACUUCUUAAAUUACUGACAGGCCCUCCCCGUCGCCCGCCCCCUUGGACUCAGCUCACCUGCAUCUGCUGACCUCAGCCCUGACUGUUCUGUCCCUGCCCUUGACCCCUGACACUGCCCCCCCUGAAUUUCAGCAGGGAAGAUGAGACCAGGGCUAGAAAUUAUUAGGGAGUUUUGAGGGCACACUGGAGUCAGAGAAGCUGUCGGGAAGUUAAGAUUGAGGUUUGGGAACAGGAAAUGCAAGGACCCCAAAAGAGCAGUGAGGGAGCCUGUGCGUCUCUGCCCAGUGACGGAGGCUUUGCUCCUCGUUAGGUAGAAUUUGGGGGACUCUGCUGCCGUCCUUCUGUAUCCGCAAUGAGAGCCUUGAGCCAGGAGGAGAUUCUUCAUCUUUUGGAGACUUUGCUUUUUACUUUUUUUUUUUUUGGAUGGCAGUCAAUAUAAAAUGCCACCCAGCUGCAGUUCAUUGCUUUUCCUCAUCACUUGAUUAGAAGUGGAGAUUCAGUGGAAAGUUGGAGCAUCUUUAGCUGGUGGGAGAGGACUGCCUACACUGGGCACUAUUUUAAGUUCUCAUAAUUUAAAUUCCAAAUGGGUCCCAUGAAGAAUAACUGCAGCCCUGGCUCAUCCACUGGGAUGUGUGCGAGGGGAAGGGCCUGGACCCCAACUUUCCAGCUGGCGAGGACUCGCGUCAGUGGAAAUGGACGCCAAAGAGCCACUGCUGCCCCGAAUCACGUGCUGGGAGAUUUUAGGCAUCAGACCGCCAAAUUCUGAUUUCUGAAUUCAUAAGUAAUUCUAGUUCAUCUCGGUGGGAUUUUUUUUUUUUUAGAAGAAGAAAAUGAAGUGCAUUUUGACUUGUUCUCAUCACCAAGCCCAGGAAUUAAGAACAACCCCUCACCCUGGAAAAUGUGCACAUUUUAAAUUGCACAUUUUACCCUCAGCCCCCUGAAAGUGUUGGCCAUUUGUUCCCACAUUUUCAAUGAAAUGCAUCGUCAGCAUGCGGGCAAUCAAUCUGUUCCAUGAAAUGUUGCAUUGAAAUUGGUAGUUUUUAAAUUCUGUCCCGAAGGAAUUCCUAGAUCUGUACUUCAUGAAUUUAGCCAGGUUUUUUUUUUUUCCAAAGCAGAUACGUGGGUUACCCACUGGAGGGUGUCGGUUAAAGCAGGUUCCUGGAAGUGUCAGGUCUCUGCAUUGUACCCCUGAGACUGUUACAAUGUUCUGUUCUCUACCGGCUGCACUUAAAUGAGAGCAGACAGACGGUCGUGUUCCUGGAUCCAACCCCUUUUACAGUCGGAAGUCACGUCUUGGAGAAGGGGACCAGGGUCCUCAGGGUUCAGUUGACGCUGCAGGAGACCGGUCUGGCUGACAUUUGAGAACCCCUCCGUUAGGGCUGUGUGGGGAGCCAAGGCACAGGCCAGAGUCUGCGGCCUCCCACCUUCCCAGUUUACACAAGGAGCAAUGAUUCCGCACUUGUCCUCUCGUGAAUGGGGCUGGGGUCCCAGCUGGCUUGGGAAUGGUGCUUCUAACCCUCCCAGGAAGGUGAGAAGAUGGGAAGAAAGGUGCCCCAAGAAAGGGACCGACGGGUGGGGCUGCGUGCCCCACCCCCAAAGACAGUCUUCCUCUCCACCAUCCAGGAGCCGAGUGGGGAUCGAGAACCAAACAGCUGACUCACAGCCCACGUGAUCCGUUCAGAGCUGUCCUUCCACCUGCUGGAGUUCACUUGGGUUUUGAAUCCUGGGGCCACGCUCAGUGAGUGAAGGAAGGGCGAGCACACUGGCUCCGAGUGCACGUAGGGCUCACAAGCCCAGCCUCACCGCCCGUCUACAGAUUUGCCAUAGCAUUUCUAAUGUCAUUUUAACGUGUCUCCUUUGUCACCUCGCCUGCUGCAGAAGUCCCUACUAGAAUGUGAAACACAGCCAACCACAGAACUUGGGGAUGCUCGUCACACAGCCAUCACCGGGCCUCUCGUCCGGGCACACAG